AAGCAAGACACCUCUCUCUCUCUCUCUCUCUCUCUCUCUCUCUCUCUCUCUGUCUCUCUAAUGGAGAUCAAUAAGGGAAUUGUAUGCAGCACUUCAACAGCAGAUAUUAAGAUUGGAGAGGAGACGGAGCUUAGGAGAGGGCCGUGGACGAUAGAGGAAGAUAUAACACUCAUCAAUUACAUAGAAAAUCACGGCGAGGGUCGAUGGAAUUCCCUUGCUCGUUCUUCAGGACUAAAUCGAACGGGCAAAAGUUGCCGACUCCGAUGGCUGAACUACCUCCGCCCAGAUGUCCGACGAGGCAACAUCACCCUCGAAGAACAACUGCUCAUUCUCGAGCUUCAUUCGCGAUUUGGAAAUAGGUGGUCCAAAAUUGCACAACACUUACCGGGUAGGACCGACAACGAAAUAAAAAACUACUGGAGGACCAGAGUGCAAAAACACGCGAAGCAACUCAAAUGUGACGUCAACAGCAAACAAUUCAAAGACGUGAUGUACCACCUUUGGAUUCCCCGGCUCCUCGAGCGGAUCCAGACAAACUCAACCGUACCCGAACCCGUUAACGGGCAGCACGAGCAGAGCCCGGGCUGCUCCAGCUCGGACUCUGUCGUUACUCGGUCCUCGUCACCGCUUACGUCAGACUGUUUUCCUGUUGAGGGUUUUAAUGUUGUGGGCGGCGCGAGUACUGGGGGUGACCAGAUUCAUGAGGCGGAGUACCGGAGUUUGGCAGGUUACUCUGACCGGGGGUUACUGGACUUUGAGGAGUGGGAUAUGGGAGGCAAUUUGUGGAAUGUUGAGGAUAUUUGGUUUUAAGUGGGUAAAAGAAAGAGAGUAAAAAGGUUUUUUAAAUUUAGAAAUGGAGAGGUGCAUAUUAUUUGGGGAAAUUUGUGGGAAGUGAAGGUUGCCGCAAUUUGUGAAAAUAUUUCAAAGUGGCUCUUUGUCUAAUUUUAUGACUUAUUAUUUGAUGAGUGAAACUAUGCAAAUGUUUUUCUCUUUUCUUUUCUUAUAAAAAAAAGUGACGGAUUUUUAUA